UUUCGCCGUGCAGGGGAAGGUGUGCAGCCUGUGCGUACACAAAGUGAUCACCAGGUACACAAGUCCACUCGACUGCCUGCUACUGUCAGAGCCAAACAGAUUGAAUCGGACGACCCCCAAGAAAGUGUCUUGACCAACAUGUCUGAGAAACUGGUGGCCGAGGAGAAAGCGUUUCCCCCAGACCCUCCCCCUCCUUACUUAUCCACUGAACAGAGCUACCCUCCUCCACAGUAUUUCCCUCCCACCCAGCAAGAACCUGGCUACCUGUCGUACCAUGCUGGCCAGAGCUACCCGGGUCAGACUGUCUACCCGGCUCCCAUGCAGUACACACAGCCUGGCACCUUCUCGUCGAUUGUGGUGGCACCCCCUGUUCGGGAAAACACUCCUCCCCCGAGGACGAAGACUUCGUUUAUUAUCUCCAUUCUUGCGCUGAUAUUCUGUGUGGGAGCGUGGCCGUGUGGUGUCACCGCCAUCAUAUGCAACCGCAGGGCUAAGAGCCAAGUCGAACUCGGCCAACACACCCUUGCCAGAUCCUCCCUGAGGACAGCCGCCAUUUUCAUCAUCUGCACCGUCGUCUUUGGCAUCAUCGCCUGGGUCAUCUUUGGCGUGCAGCUCUGGAACGUCUUGAGGAUCAUCAAGGACUCGACCACGACCGCGAUCACGAUAACGACCUCGACGACGAUGACCGUUAAGGCAUCUGCUGCAUAAGGUGACUGCUGCCGUUAGCACCGGUGAAGCGAGAUAAUAGCGUCAACGAUUGUGACAAAUGCCAUUCGGAUAUUAUUAUACAGAGAUGUAAAUGUACAAGUGGAAUGUGUAGCUGACUGUGGCUGUCGAGUUCAGUGUCAUGGUGCAAGAAGCAUCGUAGCGACGGGCUGAAAAUGUAGUGACUGGUAAGCGUAGUGAAAGUUCUACCUUGUUUCAAUCCCCUCACACCUACAUCCAAGACGCUCUGCUGAUUAGGCGUCGAGCAAAUGUAACUGUGAUAAUGAACAGAUUUACUAUUUCAGUUUUCAGUCUGUUUUUGCAAUGAUUACAAUAAUAAAAAGUAAUAGUACAAUCGAAAA